AUGUCAUCGUCAACUCAAUAUAAACUUCAUUAUUUUGAUGGUCGAGGUCGAGGUGAAGCAAUUCGUUUGAUUUUUGCUUAUGCUGGUCAGAAAUUUGAAGAUGUUCGUUAUAGUUUUGAUGAAUGGCCAAAAAAGAAAAAUGAUAUGCCUUUAGGUCAAAUUCCUCUACUAGAAACUAAUGGUCAACAAUUUCCUCAAUCAUUAGCUAUUGCACGUUAUGUUGCUCGACAAUUCAAACUUACUGGUAAAGAUGACCUCGAAUCAAUGAAAUGUGAUGUUAUUGUUGAUACAAUGAAUGAAUUUAAUCAAGAUUAUUAUCGAAUACGUUUUCAAGUCAAGGAUGAAGAUGAAAAACAAACAGAAAAAACAAAAUUUGUAACUAAAACUGUACCAGAAAAAGUAGCAGGGCUUGAAAAACUCUUGAAAAUGUAUGGUAAUGGUGUAUGGGCUGUUGGUGAUAAUGUAACAUGGGCUGAUCUUGUAAUAUAUGAUACGGUUGAAAAUCUUCUUGACAUGGAUGAUCAAGUGUUGAAUAAAUUUUCUACAUUGAAAAAACAUCGUGAAGCUGUAGAAAAAUUACCAAAAAUUGCUGCAUAUUUGGCUAAUAGAAAAAAAACACCAUUUUAA